CAUACAGUACAGAACUACUGCAUACAGACAAACAGGUUAAUAUAGAGAUUAAACCAGAUGUAAAUGAUUAAUGUUACCCUCUGGAGUCCUGCUGCAGUUAUAUUUACAUCCAGUGUUACUCACUGUGUUUAUCAUGAAGUCUAACAGAUGAGUUGAAUGUUUUUCUUUCCUCAUAAAACAUUUGUGAAGUUGAUUUUCCUGCAUUGUUUACAUUCAUAUUUAGUAGUUUGCAGCGUUUUCUGCUGCGUUGCUGCCGCCUGUAGAUCAGUGAACAGUGAAACCAUCAGCAGGACUGUGUGUCGCGUCAGCUAGAGCUGCAGCUACUGAUUAUAUUCAUUAUUGAUUAAUCUGUGGUUUAUUUUCUAAAUUAAUCAGUUAAUUGUUUGAUCUAUAAAAUGUCAGAAAAUGGUGAAAAAUGUUGAUCAGUGUUUCCCAGAGUUCAAGACGUCUUCAUGUGUCUCCUUUUGUCCAAAGAAACCAGAAAAUAUUCACAUUUAAGAAGCUGAAAUCAGAGAAUCUGGAAAUUUCUCAAAACAGUUAAUCGAUUAUCAGAAUAGUUGGCAACUAAUCAAUUCAUCUUUGCAGCUCUAGUGUCAGCUGUGUGCACAUUUAUGCACAAAUCAGGGGAACCUGUUCAUUAAAAAGCUGCUCUAUAACACUACUAGAGGCCAAGAACUUCUUCUUUAAAUGAGCAAUAACACACAACAAUGAGUCCAAACUCAAGUAAAUAAUAAAUGAGACGAUGAUGAUAAAAGUUAGAAAGAAGUUGAUUAUUUUCUGGUCUGAUAUGAUCACCACUUACAGAGAAGAAAGGAGGCUGUUUAAACAGUGUCUGUAAUCACUGUGAUCCAUGUUUAGUUGUUGUGUUAGUUUCACCAAUCAGUUGACAGCAUCAGUGUUGUUGCUAUGGUUACCUACAAUGUAAUAAAUCCUGAGCACUGAUUUACAGUAAAACUGAUGACAAGAAACUGUCUGAGGUGACGUUUUAUAAGAGUUUAACAGACACCUGCCAGCCAAUCAGAGACCAGUGUUUUCUGUGGCUGUCAAAGUGUUUUAUACAGUAGAACAGAAAGUUUGGAUGUUUAAUAAAAACAUAAAUGUGUUUCUUUAAUCUUUGGAUAUUUCUGCGGUGUGUGUGUGUGAGUGAGUGUGAGUGUGUGUGUGUGUGUGUGUGUGUGUGUGUGUGUGUGUGUGUGUUUGAGCCCACAGAUGCUUUGAACAUGUGACCUGAUGACUCAGUGACUCUCAGCAGAUGUUUCUAAGAGGUGACCGACAUGGAGGAAGAGGAGGCCUCAGCUGCUCUGGUGUUGAAUGGAGAGAUGACAGAGGUUAUGAAGGGCGAGACAGUGGUAACCACGACGACGACGACUCUCACCUCUAUCGCUGAAACAAAUGGAGAAGAAGAGACGGAGAGUGUUGAAACAACGGGAGAGAUGGAGGAGGAAGAGGAGGAGGAGGAAGGAAGUGAAGCAGAGACGGAGAGAGGAGAGGAAGAGGAUGAAGAGGAAGUGGUGGAGGGUAAAGGAAAGAAUCUGUUGGGACAAUGGGAAUCAGAGGCCUCCUCCGACUCGAAGCCUCCGCUACCAGACCCAACAUUCAACAGGAGAUGCAGCUUGAUCGUCAGUGAGGUGAAGUACAAGGAGGACUUUGAGAAGAUGAAGGGUCAGAGUCUGUUUGUUCCAGGAGCCGAACUCAUCCACUCCAAGAACAUCAGCGCCGUUAUAUCUGAGUCUAAGUAUAAGGAGGACGGGAAGAAGGAGGCUUCGGUGUCUCUCUACUCCAUCCUGCCAGAGACUCCGGAGACUCAACGCGCCAGAGAGGCUUCAGAGCUGCAGAGUGAGAUUAAAUACAAAGGAAAUGUGAAGACGGAGAUCUCUUCCUCUCUUUACUCUCUGCUGCCAGAAACCACAGAGACCCAGUUUGUCAAAGAGUUGACUGAGAUACUGAGUGAGAACAAGUACAAAGAGGAAGGAAAGAAGGAGAUGAGCAGCAGUUUGUACUCGCAGCUUCCUGAAACCACUGAGAUGCAGCUGGCCAAGACCGUCCACGAGUUCCAGAGCGAGAAAAAGUACAAAGCAGAAGGGAAGAGAAAGGCCUCCAUCUCCCUCUACUCCCAACUCGCCGACACUCCCGAAAUACAACACGCUCUGGAGGUGUCACAGAUGCAGAGUGAGGCGAAUUAUCGCCCUAAGAUGCUGGUUAAAGGAGCCCCUUCGUCUCUUUACUCCCAGCUUCCCGAAACCACAGACAUCCAGUUUGCCAGAGAGAUGACAGAGCUGCAUAGUGAGAGUAAGUACAAAGAAGGAAGGAAGAGCCUCUGUCAGAGUUUCUACUCGCAGCUGCCAGAGACGGCCGAGACUCAGUUUGCUAAGACUGUUGCUGAGCUGCAGAGCGAGUCGCGGUACAAGGAGGCGGGGAAGAAGGGCAUCAACUCCAGCUUGUACUCUCUUCUCCCGGAGACUUUAGAGACAGUUCACGCCAAAGAAGCUACUGAACUCUUCAGUGAGGUGAAAUAUAAAGAGGAGGGUAAGAAAGAGAUGAGCAUCAACUUGUACUCUCUGCUGCCUGAAACCAUCCACACACAACACGCUAGAGAGGCGUCAAACCUGCAGAGUGAGGUGAAGUAUAAAGAAGGUCUGAAGCAGAAGAUUCAGAGCAGUUUGUACCAUCAGCUCCCAGAAACCACAGAGACACAGCUGGCCAAACAGCUGUCUGAGCUGCAGAGCGAGGUGAAAUAUAAAGAAGCGGGAAAGAAGGAAGUGAAUUCCUGCCUUUACUCUCUUCUCCCUGAAACUCUGGCGACGCAACACGCUAAAGAGGCUACGGAGCUGCUCAGAGAGAAUAAAGACAGCGUGAAGAAGGAGAUGUCCAGCUCGCUCUACUCGACGCUGCCCGACACGUCAGAAACCAACUUCGCCAGAGAGAUGACGGACAUGCUGAGCGAGAAUAAGUACAAAGAAAGCGGGAAGAAGAGCCGCUCUCAGAGUAUCUACUCUCAGCUGCCGGAGACCGCUGAGAUGCAGUUCGCUAAAUCCGUCUCUGAGCUGCAGAGUGAGAUGAAAUACAAACAGGGAAAGAAAGACGUGUCCAGCUCUCUGUACUCUACUCUGCCUGAGACUCUGGAGACGCUGCACGCCAGAGAGGCCUCCGACCUGCAGAGUGAGCUGAAGUACAAAGCGGCGAUGAAGAACGGUUUUAACUCCAGUCUGUUCCACCUGCUGCCUGACACCAUAGAGACGGCCCACGCUAGAGAGGUCUCCGAGCUCCUCAGCGAGGUGAAAUAUAAAGAGGACGGUAAGAAGGAGAUGAGCCUCAACUUGUACUCUGUGAUGCCGGAGACCAUCGACAGUCAGCACGCUAAAGAGGCGUCAAACCUGCAGAGUGAGCUGAAGUAUAAAGAAGGUCUGAAGCAGAAGAUUCAGAGCAGUUUGUACCAUCAGCUCCCAGAGACCACAGAGACACAGCUGGCCAAACAGCUGUCUGAGCUGCAGAGCGAGAGAAAGUACAAGGAGGCGGGUAAGAAAGAGGCGAACACCUGCCUGUACUCUCUCCUGCCUCACACCAUGGAGAUGCAGCACGCUAAAGAAGCCGUAGAGCUGCUCAGCCAGAUUAAGUACAAAGAGAGCGGGAAGAAGGAGAGACCAGUGUCCUUCUACUCCACUCUGCCCCACACGAUGGAAACCAGCUUCGCCAGAGAGAUGACUGACAUGUUGAGCAAGAACAAGUACAAGGAGGACGGGAAGAAAAGCCUCUCUCAGAGUUUCUACUCUCAGCUACCGGAAACGACGGAGACUCAGUUCGCUAAAACCAUGUCUGAGCUGCAGAGUGAGAUGAGGUACAAAGAAGCGGGAAAGAAAGGAGCGAUGAGCUGUCUGUACUCGACUCUACCUGAAACUCUGGAUACACAACACGCUAAAGAGGCUUCAGAGCUGCAGAGUGAGCUGAAGUACAGGCAGGCUUUGAAGAAAGACUCGAGCACCAGUCUGUACCACCUGAUGCCAGAAACCAUCGACACUCAGUUUGCCAGAGAGCAGACGGAGAUGUUCAGUGAGGUCAAAUACAAAGAGGAGGGUAAGAAAGAGAUGAGUGAGAACCUGUACUCUCUGGUCCCCGACGCCAUCGACACCCAGCAUGCUAAAGAGCAGACGGAGAUGCAGAGCGAGAUUAAAUACAAAGAGGCCGGUAAGAAACACGCGUCGACGUCUCUGUACCACCAACUGCCUGAAACUCUGGAGACGCAACACGCCAAAGAGGCGUCACAGCUACAGAGUCAGGUCUUGUAUAAAGAGGCUGUCAAGAAGGAUUUGUCAUGUCCCGUUUACCACCAGCUCCCUGACACCAUGGAGACGCAGUUUGCCCGAGAGAUCACUGACAUGCAGAGUCAAAAUAAGUACAAGGAGAACGGGAUGAAGAGCCUCCCUCAGAGUAUGUACUCCCAGCUGCCGGAGACCGCUGAGACGCAGUUCGCUAAAACCGUCUCUGAGCUGCAGAGCGAGUUAAAGUAUAAGAAGUCCAGGAGGCAGGACGCCGGCAGCUGUCUGUACUCUGUGAUGGCAGAAACUCUGGAUACUCAACACGCCAAGCAGGCCUCACAGAUACAGAGCCAGUUGAAGUACAAGGAGGACGUGCAGAAGGAGAUGUCGUCCAACUUGUACUCCAGCCUUCCUCAAACCCUCCAGACUCAGCUGGCCAAGGAGGUGACGGAGCUGCAGAGCCAGGUGAAAUAUAAGGAGGGCUGUAAGAAGGAAGCGUCGUCCGCUCUGUACCACCUCCUCCCCGAGACGGCGGACAUGUAUUUCGCCAAACAGAUGUCAGAGAUGCAGAGCGAGGUUAAGUACAAGCAAGAAAACGAGGAUCUGCCCAACACUUUAUACUCUCUGAUGCCUGAAACUCUGCAGACUCAGUUUAUUAAAGAGAUGAAUGAGACUCACAGCGAGGUGAAGUAUAAGCAGGCAGGGAAGCAGCAGACGGCGUCUCCUCUUUACUCCAAACUGCCUGAAACUCUGGAAACCAAACACGCCAAAGAAGCUGGUGAACUACAAAGUGAAAAAAGGUACAAAGAUGAAGGAAGGAAGGAGAUGACAUCGUCUCUGUACUGUCAACUCCCCGAAACCUCCGAGACACAGUUUGCUCGAGAGAUGACAGAGAUGCAGAGUGAGAACAAGUACAAGGAGAGCGGGAAGAAGAGUCAGAGCGUCAGUGUUUACUCUCAGCUGCAAGACACCAACGAAAUACAGUUUGCCAAAGCUGUUUCUGAGAUACAGAGUGAGAUUAAAUAUAAAGAGGCGGGGAAGAGAGAAGCGUCCAGCUCUCUGUACUCGAAGCUGCCUGAGACUCUGGACACUCUGCACGCUAAAGAGGUUUCACAGCUGCAGAGUCAGUUGAAGUAUAAGCAGGACGGUAAGAAGGAGGUGAACGGAUCUCUGUAUCACCAGCUGCCUGAAACCACAGAGACUCAGCUGGCUAAAGAGCUGAGAGACGUUUACAGCGAGGUGAAGUAUAAAGAAGACGGUAAGAAGGAGUGCAGUAAGAACUUGUACUCGCUCCUCCCUGAGACGUUGGAGACACAGUUUGCCAAACACGUGUCAGAGAUACAGAGUGAGCUAAAAUACAAAGAAGACAAAGAGGAUCUGUCCAACACGUUGUACUCUCUGCUGCCUGAAACUCUGGAGACUCAGUUCAUUAAGGAGAUGGCUGAGACUCACAGCGAGGUCAAGUACAAGGAGGCGGGAAAGAAGGAGGCCAGCAGCUCUCUGUACCACCUUCUGCCCGAGACUCUGGAGACGCAGCAUGUUAAAGAGCUCAGCGAGCUGCAGAGCGAGAACAAAUACAAGCAGGAAGGGAAGAAGGCGAUGGCGUCCAGCCUGUACGCUCAGCUGCCGCACACGGCCGAGACGCAGCUCGCCGCCAAGAUGUCAGACCUGCAGAGCGAGAGUAAAUACAAGGAGGACGGCAUGAGGAGUCUCUCUCAGAGUAUCUACAGUCAGCUAGCAGAGACGGCUGAGAUCCAGUUAGCUAAAACUGUGUCUGAGCUGCAGAGCGGGGCCAAGUACAAGGAUGCGAGCAGGAAGGAGGCGAGCAGCUGUCUGUACCAUCAGUUACCUGAAACUCUGGAGACUCUUCACGCUAAAGAGGCCACUGAGCUGCAGAGUCAGGUGAAGUACAGGGAGGGAGGUAAGAAAGAGAUGAGCAGCAACCUGUACUCUCAGCUGCCGGAGACGGAGGAGAUGAAGUUCGCUAAAGCCGUCAUGGAGCUUCAGAGCAAGAAUAAAUACAAGCAGAAAGGCAAACAGGAGAGCAGCACCAGUGUGUUUCACCAGAUGCCGGAGACCAAAGAGACUGAGUUUGUUAAGCAGAUCUCUGAACUGCAGAGUGAGUUAAAGUACAAGAAGGACAAAGAGGAUCUGCCCAACACGUUAUACUCUCAGCUGCCUGAAACUCUGGAGACUCAGUUUGUUAAAGAGAUGAAUGAGACUCACAGCGAGAGUAAAUACAAGGAGGCGGGUAAGAAGGAGCUGGUUAACAGUUUGUACUCUCUGCUGCCUGAAACCAAAGACACUCAGCACGCCAAGGAGCAAACUCAGCUGCACAGUGAGAAGGUUUACAGGGAGGAAGGCAGGAAGGACGCCGGCUGCAGUCUGUACGCACAGAUGCCCGAAACCAUCGAGACCGUCUUCGCUAAAGAGCUGAUCAAGACGCAGAGCGACAAAUUCUACAAGGAGAAGUACAAUCGUGAGAAAGGGAAGUCCAGCUACACCAACAUGAAGACGCUGCCGGAGGUGGAGCACGCCAUGGAGGUCAACAAGAACCAGAGCGAUGUCGGCUACAGGAAAGGUAAAGAGGAGCUUCAUCACUACAACACGGUGCCAGACAGACCUGACAUCGUCAACGCCACCAACGCAGCUAAACUGGCCAGCGACGUGGCCUAUAAGAAUAACAACAAGCAGCCGGUUUACAGCGACUGUUCUGUUUUGGCCCGAACUGACAUCCAGCACGCCAAGGAGGUCUCAAAACUGGCCAGCCAGGUGAAGUAUAAGGAGAAGUUUGACAGAGAUUUAAAGGGCCAGAAACCUCGUUACAACCCGCUGGACUGUCUCUCCUUCAAACACUCACAAGCUGCUUCUGCUCUGGCCAGUCAGGUGAAAUAUAAAACCAACCAGAACCAGAAACCUGAAGGUUCUUCAGACCUGCCGAACCUCCUGCAGCUGGAACACGUCCUGCACGCCAGCAAACUGCAGAGCAACGUGGAGUAUAAGAAGAAGUACCAGCAGACGAAGGCUCUCUUCCACAUCGCUCUGGACACAGCUGAACAGCUCCACCACAAGGAGAACGCAGUGCUGCACAGCCAGGUGAAGUACAGAGAGGAGUAUGAGAAGAGUAAAGGUCGAUCUCAGAUGGAGUUUGGAGACACUCAGACGUACAAAGUGUCCAAAGAAGCGCAGAAGAUGCAGAGUGAGAGGGAGUAUCGGAGGGACUUUGAGGAGCAGAUGAAGGGUAAAGCUCUGGUUGAUGUAGACCAGACACCUGGAUACCUGACGGCUCGUCAUGCUAGCAGCCUGCUGAGUGAGAAGGAGUACAGGAAGGACCUGGAGCAGGAGGUGAAGGGUCGCGGUUUAUCCGGCAUCGGUCUGGAGGAAACUCCUGAACUGCUGAGGAUUAAAAACGCCAACCAGAUACUGAACGAGAAGGAGUAUCGCAGGGAUCUGGAGACGGAGAUUGUGGGUAAAGGAAUGGAGCUGAGCGCCGAAGUCCUCGAGAUACAAAGAGCCCAGAGAGCCUCGGCGAUCCAGAGCCAGAGGUGCUACAAGCAGACGGAGCAGCUCAGAGGAAACUCGUACGGGACGGUUACCGACACUCCUGAACUGCUGCACGCCUCCUACCUCAAAGACGUCUACAGCCAGAAGAAGUAUAAGGACGAGGCUCAGCGGCUGAAGGGACGCUACAGUCUGAUGUCAGAAACUCCAGAGAUGGAACGAGUCAAAGCCAACCAGCAACACAUCAGCUCUCUGCGAUACUGCUGGGACUCCAAGCUGAUGAGAGGUUUAAUGUCUUCAGUCGCAGAGACGCCGGAGAUCGUCCUCGCCAGAGAGAACGCCAAGAAGAUCAGCAAUGUCUGCUACAGAGACGAGGUCGGCUGCGGCACCGCCGUCAGGAACACACCUGAGAUGGAACGAGUCCGACGCAACCAGGAGAACAUCAGCUCAGUCAAAUACAAGCAGGGAGCAGCGAGGGCCACCAGCAUCGGAGUGACUCCAGAACUGGAGAGAGUCCGACAGAACCAGGAGAACAUCAGCUCGGUGAGGUACCAGCGCGGGCUGAAGGAGAUGAGGGGGCGGAGCUGCACCGAGCUGGACACACCUGAGUACAGGCGUGUCAGGAGGUCGCAGGACUCGGUCUCCAUGGUAGCGGCCCAGUCGCCGUGGCCCCCUCUCGGGCUGUGGGAGGAGCUAACAUGAGUGACGUGGCACGGCGUGGUGGGACUGUCGCACCGAUACUAACAACCACCAGACGCAGACAGCGCCGGAGGACGAGAGAUUAGAAACUCUGCUGCAACUUCCUGUUGAAACACAGAGCAGAGGAUCAAUGAGUUAGUUUAUAGAUUAACAGGAAGAACAGACACAAAGCUGCUUCCUGUUGGGUUUAAUUUGACCUUGGAUGCAGCGACGCAGAGAAAGAGACAGUUACACCUGAUUUUAAACAUCACUCUGAUCAAUAACUGAUGAGAUCAAUCUGAUUGAGUUUUGACACAUGAUGAUGACACAGCUAAAAUAUGAACGUCAUGUUUACAGCUUUACCUGUGUUCAUAUUUAAUUGUAUUUAUUUGUUUAUUAAACAGAGACGGUGCUCAUUAAUAGAAGCUAUUUUACAUCUGUUGUCACUGUACAGAUGUUACAAAGUCGCCCUAAAAAAACAAUAGAAGAAUAUGAGAUUUAAAGUUACGUUAUUAAAUAAUUGAGAUCAUUUACAAGCAUGCUGAGUGAUAAUAAAUAUGAUAAAACGACCAUACAGGACGUUAUUCUACAUUAUAAAAUACUAAUUAAAAAUACGACACAGACACAUAAUACAAGACAUGCAGAGCAAUAAAAUAAGAUUAUUAAUGUAAACAGAAAUAUGAGCAGCAUUAAUGUCUUAUUAUUAAUAUAUAAUAUUAAUAUCACUCACAGCCAACUGUGUGUUAAUGUGACAGUGAGAGAAAGAGUGUAUGACAGCG